AUGGCCUCCACCGCUCAAAUGCAGAGACCUUACCCACCCAUCUAUCACACACCCCAGUCCAAUUCACCAGCAUCGGUAGCUUCACAGCCGCAUGAUCAACAUGGUCGAAAUCUCUAUACGCAGUCACCACAGAUGGCCCCCCAGAUGUAUGCAUAUCCGCCAUACUCCCCCAUCAACCCCGUUCAGGCAUCGCCAUAUGCGGCACACCCUUCACCUCAAUCGCAUCCUCUCACAACACAGUCUAUGAUGAUGCCACCACAGACAACAACAGCGCAGAUGCCACCACAUCAAUCCUCACACACUCCCAACCCAUGUUUAACCAACAGCCCGAUCAUGAAGAUGGACUCAACAUCACAGUCAGGGCCCAACCAGCGACCAAUGCUCAACCCACCUCUUUCGUCGCCUACAUCUGCUCUCCAAGGAAGCUCUGCCCAGUCGCCUCUUGGCGCCAGCUCGAGUGCGGCACCAGGUCCCAUUCCAGCUACUACCCCUCUGGUUGUACGGCAAGACAGCAACGGCGUGCAAUGGAUAGCCUUUGAGUAUUCGCGGGACCGAGUGAAGAUGGAGUAUACAAUCCGGUGUGACGUCGAGUCGGUGAACGUGGACAGUUUAAGCUUAGAAUUCAAGACGGAAAACUGCGUGUAUCCGCGCGCCUGCUGCAACAAAGACAACUAUAAGGGCAACCGCCUUGUCUACGAGUCGGAAUGCAAUGCCGUUGGCUGGGCCCUGGCCGAUCUGAACCCGGCUCUACGAGGUAAGCGUGGUCUCAUCCAGCGCGCCGUCGAUAGCUGGAGGAACAGCAAUCAGGACCCUCGACUUCGCAGUCGAAGAGUCCGUCGUCAGGCUAAGCUCAGCCGCCGACAGUCAGUGCCUCCUACCCCGGCCCCUCCUCCACACAUGGCACCUGGUGGACCUGGCCCUCUCGGUCAUGGAAUUCCCAGUGCUGCUCCUCCGAUGCAACACCCACCUCCCAGUUCUCGCCCUAGUAUUUCGGGUCCUAUGAACAUGGGUCCCCCGCAGCUGCAUCAUCAUCACGCUCAACCGGAUGGCAGCCCUAAGAUUGAGGAAGUCAGCGGUAUGUUUCACCAGAUCUGA